AUGGCUAUCGCUUCUGAGUUAGGCACGAGUCGACUCUUGGAGUGUCCUCAGCAGGAGACGCAUAACCGUCAGCUCUCUGAGCAUUCGGCGGCUAGCCGUCAACCCUCUGAGAAUGAGUCGGCCGGCAGCCGUGAGGCGUGCGAGCAGGAGUUGGUGCGGCGGCGCGGGUUGGAGGCGAUGGUGGCACAGGUGGUGGGGUGCGAUGGGCACAGCUGGCUCAAAUACGGCCAGAAGCAAUUCAAGGGCUCCACCGCCACCAGGUGCUACUACAGGUGCGCUCGCAUCAAAUCCAUACCGCGCUGCCCGGCCAAGAAGACAGUUGACAUCAGCUGCAGCAACCGCAACGAACCGCUCUCCCCCGACGCCAUGCAAGUCACCUACCGCUGCACGCUCCACAACCACCCCUUGCCUCCCCGCCCCCCCUUGCUCCCCCUCCGCCGCCCGCCCACGCGCCACCAGGAGCAGUUACCCGAGUAUAGCUCCCUGCCUGUGUGGGACCUCCCCCCACUCUCUCCCCUGCCGACCCUCCUCCACUCAUCCCCUCCGUGGCUGGAGGAGCUUAUCCCCGUUAAUGCCUGCUCCACUGACCUCAACACUGUUGACUCAGCGAGGCCUACAGUGUCUCUCGAACAACUGCGUGUGGCUCUCGGGUGUCAGACCCUGGAAGAAGUUCACAGCCGUCGAUUGGAUGGCGAGGACUCGGACGAUCCGACGGACGAGAUUAACUCUCUGCUGGGAGCAACAUCGCCUACGCACCAAGGCAACCAAGAGCUGUCGUCACUGCGCUGCAGUGCUGCUACCAACCACGCAGGUCACACGGGGCUUCUACCGGAAUAUCUUGACGGGGAAGUGACUGAGGAGGAGCAGACCGCACAUGGUGUGGGGAGAAAUGGGGAGAAUUUCUUCCUUGGUUUCCGUUGCGACGGGGAGGAAGGGUCGGUGCACGGCCCUUCAGAGGCGAGCCUGGAGGCACUGAUGGGGUCAGUUCUGCCGCACGCUGCUGCGGUGGGUGCUGCUGUAUCUGACGAUCCUGGCUUUCAAGCCCACCAAGAUGUGCCAGUGCCACCUGUAACAGCCACCAUGCGUCACACGUUCGUGAAUGGGCAGAAACGCGAGCAGCACUCCCCUUCUCUGUGCGUUGGAGAGGCUGAUGAGGUGGGACUGGAGCAGCAGCAGCAGCAGCAGGAUUCGCUUGUGCCGUCAAUGUGCAAAGUUCCUCCAUCUCAGCUCGCAUUAUUGCCCACCGCACCUGAGCAAGAAGUGCCUGGGCCUUUGGCAGCAGCAGUGUUUGCGUUCCUGGGGGGGAGCAGCAGCACCCGGGUUUCAGACUUUGCAGCCGCUGACGUGCGGAAAGAGAUGCAGUCGUGGCUCGAAGGUGCAGCAUAA